UUCCCACGUCCCAAGUCAAACGACAAAGUUGUUUGAUCUCUUCUUCUCUAUCAAAACCAAAGUGUUCUUCUCAAAACUCUGCAUGGGCUCACAGAACAGUAAUAGAGUCCCUGGUUUCGUGAAUCUUAAACCAAGAAAAUGGGAAAUUGCAAUGGAAAUCGUGCUGGAAAAAGGUCUAAGUUCGUGAUGAGAGAGCAAAUGGAUUCCAUGAGCAAGCAUGAAGGAAUAAAGACUGUGAAGGUCGAUAACCUCUGCAACUUCUCAAGAAACUCUGACCUUUGCGUCUGCAUAGUGACCUGGAACAUGAACGGAAAGGUCUCUUUUGAAGAUUUGGUGGAGCUUGUUGGCAGCGAUCGGAAGUUUGAUCUACUUGUUGUUGGUUUGCAAGAGGUACCUCGGAAAAAUGUUGCAGUAUUAUUGCAGGCAGUUGUUGCGGAUACUCAUAUACUGCAAGGAAAGGCCAUCAUGCAAUCUCUUCAGUUGUACGUAUUUUCGCCAUUGAACUCAGAAUUAUUCAUCAAAGAAUUGAAGGUGGAUAAGCAUUCUGUGGGUGGAUUUGGAAGAUUAAUUAGGAGAACGAAAGGGGCAGUAGCAAUCCGUAUCAAUUACAAAGGAAUUAGAAUGGUGUUUGUCUCUUGCCAUCUCUCUGCUCAUGCUCGGAAUGUGGAAGAGAGAAAUUCCCAGUGCAGACACAUAUCACACAACCUUUUCUCCAGGAACUGGAAUCCUUACGCUAGACCUGCCCAAAUCACUGUAUGGUUGGGAGACCUCAACUACAGGAUUCAGGGGAUAGACACAUAUCCUGUCAGAAAUUUAAUAAAGAAAGAUCUUCAUAGACUGCUCACCAGCAAAGAUCAGCUCUUACAAGAAGCAGAAAAGGGACAGGUUUUCGACGGAUUCUGCGAGGGGACAUUGACAUUUAAACCAACGUACAAAUACAAUGUCGGAAGCAGCAGUUAUGAUACAAGUCACAAGGUGCGAGUGCCUUCGUGGACAGAUCGGAUAUUGUUCAAGAUACAUGACGGCGACGAAAUUAGUGCAAGCUUACAUUGCUACGAGUCCAUCGACGAUAUUUACAGCUCAGAUCACAAGCCAGUGAAAGCUCACCUCUGCUUGAAAGUCAAUCAACAAGCAGCACCUCCUAGUACUGACUAAAACCAAUAACUUCAAAACUGUAUCUAUAUGCCCAAAUGAAAAAAAUUUCCCUGUGAUUAUUUUUGGGUCAAUUUCACCUUAUUCUUUUCUGUAAUAAAAUUAACAUUAUUAGUUUUCCUGUGUAUUAAUUGCACCAUUAACUUAAUGAGAUCCU